CGGCGGAGGGGAAGAAUUAGCGGGACGGCUCGAGCUGGGCACAGACCGGGGGCAAAAUGUCGGAGAGGAAGGUUUUGAAUAAAUACUACCCGCCAGACUUCGAUCCAUCUAAAAUCCCAAAGCUCAAGCUCCCAAAGGAUCGUCAAUAUGUUGUGCGGUUGAUGGCUCCAUUCAACAUGAGGUGCAAGACAUGUGGCGAGUACAUCUAUAAAGGCAAGAAAUUUAAUGCUCGCAAGGAGACGGUUCAGAAUGAAGUGUACUUGGGGCUUCCCAUCUUUCGCUUCUACAUCAAGUGCACCCGCUGCCUGGCAGAAAUCACAUUCAAGACGGAUCCUGAGAACACAGACUAUACCAUGGAGCAUGGCGCCACUCGGAACUUCCAAGCAGAGAAGCUGUUGGAGGAAGAGGAGAAGAGGGUGCAGAAGGAGAGAGAGGAGGAAGAGCUGAACAAUCCCAUGAAGGUGUUGGAGAACCGAACAAAGGACUCCAAGCUGGAGAUGGAGGUGCUGGAGAACCUACAAGAGCUGAAGGAGCUGAACCAGCGUCAGGCAAAUGUGGACUUUGAAUCCAUGCUGAAGCAGUAUAAGGACUACGAGGAGGAGCGGAAACGAAGGGAACUAGAGGAAGAUGAAAAGGAGAUGAAAGCUAUGCUGGAGCAAGCCCAGAGCAGGCGGUUCCUGGAAGACUCUGACUCUGAUGAGGAAGCUGACAAAGUGCCCUCGAGAUCAGUACCAAAAAUGAAACCCACAGACAUCUUGCAAGAGGACAUGGAGCCCCAGAGUAAGAAGCUAAAGACCGAAAGCUGGGAGAAGAGUGUGGGCAAACUGAACAGCAAGUCCCAGCUGGCAGGCCUGGUCACUGUGAAGAAACAAACCCCGAGCUCCGCUGCAGCUAACGGCGUGGAGAAGCAAACUACAUCACUAAGCUCAGAUGCUGGAAGUCGGAGCUCCUCAUUCCCUGCUGGGUCCCAGCCCCCGGCAGCUGCCCAGGGCUCUUCCCUCAGCCUGCUGGGGGCGUACUCCGACAGUGACGACAGCACCAGUGACUGAGUCUGUAGGUCUCUGCUGAGGGCUUUCGCUCUGCUGCCGUGCCCAGCUGCAGCAGCGCGAGGCCAGGGGUUGGCAAUGGGGGGCGAAGAGGGCCGAGUUUCCUCUCUUCAUCCCAGCACUAGGCAGCUACUGUCCUAACAACCAAACUCUGCCAUUGAGCUGCAUCCUUGUGCAUAGAAGAUCCCUAGGGGAUUCCCAGGCUGACUGCACACGUGGCCAGCUGUGUGUAAUCAGAGCUGCUCUCCCUUCCUGGAAAGCCCCAAUAUAUUGUCAUGUGGCAACAUUCCUUCAAGCCGGGAUACAGGAGGAUGCUUCCGCUGUGGCCGAAUUGCCUCCCGGCAUCUCUUCCUAUUACACAUUCAUCAGUCCGGGCUCCUGACAGCCUGUCACAAAUGAUGGUGGCACCAGCAAAGCAGAACCGCCCAGGGGAAGAAUCUCUAUUAGAUCAGACAAGCUCCCUCUUUUCAGGCCUGUGUCCCGCAUCCUCGGAGCAAGGUUCCUGCCCAUGUAUUUUGGGAGAUCGGGGAGUAGACAGUGGCUGCCCAGCCUGAUAGCUGGAGCUGGGCCCCAGAGCAUGUCAGAAGGAGCUGAGAGCAGCAGGUCACCGACUUUGGCUGGAAUCCAUCAUACCAUGUUUAUCAAAAGCCUUGUCAUCAACAGCUAAGUGGGGUGUAAUGAAGUGGGUGGUUCCAUAAACCAGCAUCUCCCUCACCAGAAACAGUCGCUUGGUGUUCCUGUACAGCCCAGUCUGUCUCCAGACCCCUCUGUGCAUUCUCACCAGGACUGAAAUCUUGGCGUGAGGCCAUGGUUUAACAUGUAACUUUUUUUGCUGGACUCUUGGGUUCACUCCAACAUUGCAACAUUUUGCCUGUGCAUCUCGAGGCAGCGCCAGUGCCUCGUAUUUCCCAUGAGGAUGGUGCAAUUUUUAACACCCUUGUUUAACUUCAGAUGUAAUAAAGGAUUCUGAAGAGCA